UUUUUAUUUUCCAUUUUUCAGCAAAAUGUUUAGGAAUAAUUUUGCUGGUGGAACAACAAUUGCUGCAUUGUUUAUAAUUAUAAUAGCAAUUCAAGUUCAAGCAAAAAAUAUAUAUCCUUAUGCUACUUGUCAAAAAUUUGCCCAUGAUUAUGGGAUUUGUUGUGAGGGCAAAAAUGAUACUUGUUUUAUGAACAUAAAUGAAAAACAAAAAUGUUAUUGUGAUGAACAUUGUAUCAGCUCUGCUCGUAAUUCAUACAAAAAUGAUUGUUGUCCAGACUAUGAAGAAAAUUGUAAAAAAAAUGAGUUUGCAAUAUGUUUUUUCACUGGAGCUUUUUCUAAAAAUAGAAAAAUAAUUACACAAUCUGGCAAAGAAUGUGAAUGUCGUACUGUAAACGAUGAACCAAGAAUCUUUUGUUCAAAAAUUAAAUAUUUAUCAUAUGGUGAAAUUUUAAAAACAAAGCAAUCAUCCUGGUCACCACGAUUGUACUCAACAUUUGAAGAUAAAAAAUUAAAUGAUGUAGUAAAAUAUUUAGGUACAAAAAAUCCUAAAGAAUGGCUAUCAUCUGUGCCAAGGCCAAGGUACAUUGCAGAUUACAUUGAUCAUCCACCAAAAAAAUUUGAUCCAAGAUCUGAUAAGACAAGAAAUGUAUCACCAAUCAAAGAUCAAGGAGCAUGUGGUACAUCAUGGGCUGUAUCAGUUGCUGAUGUUAUUUCAGAUAGAUUAUCACUUGAAAUUGGUGAUAAAAAAAAUGUCAGUGCUCAACAAUUUAUUGACUGUGUUGAUCAAGAAAAACAAUGUGCUCCAGGAAAUCCAGCUGAUGCUUGGAAUUAUUCAAAAGAAAAUAAAUUAAUAAGUGAAGAAUUUUAUCCCUCAACUGGUAUCAAAGGCAAGUGCCAAAAGUUUGAUAUAAAAUGUGAGGAUGAAAAAUGUCAUUUGAAUAAAUUAUACACUGUUAAUGCUGUUGUUCAUUUCUUCAAUAAUUAUAUUGAUAUUAUGAAUGAAGUUUAUCGAAUGGGACCAGUUCAAGCAACAAUGAGAGUUUAUGAAGAUUUCUUUUUUUAUGGCUCUGGAAUAUACAAGUGUCCAGAGAUAAAAAAUAAAAGACAAAAACCAGUUGGAUAUCAUUCGGUGAGAAUAAUUGGUUGGUCUGAGACAGAUGACAAGGAGCAAUAUUGGAUUGUUGCUAAUUCUUGGGGAACCACGUGGGGUGAUGCUGGUUAUUUUAAAAUUGCCAAAGGGGCAAACGAGUGUGACAUUGAGGCAAAUAUUCUUGUUGCAAGUGUAUGGAAAAUUCAAACAUACAAAAUGGAAUCACCAGAAGACAAUGAAGUUGAAAAUGAAAUUUCAAGUUCUGAAAUAAACUAUUUAGAUGAUACUCAAGAUGCAGAGUAUGAAAUAAUGUCUGCGAAAUUUUGUUCUGGAAGUCUAACAAUCUUUGGAUUGUUUUUGAUUGUUACAACAACUCAAGGUGUACAAUUUGAUUCUGAACUUUCUUGUCAGAAAUUUAGUAAAAAUGGAGUUUGUUGUCCAGGAAAAGAUGAUGAUUGUGUUGUUUAUUCUUCAAGUCGUAAAUGUUACUGUGAUGAAUAUUGUGUAACUAAAAAUUAUCUAAAUAAAACUAGUUGUUGUUCUGACUAUGAACAAUAUUGUAAAUCACCUGUGAAUCAUGAAAUUUUUACACCUGAAUUGACAGUCCAAAAGGAACUACCAAAAAACGAUACAGUAAAUAUUGAAAAAAAUCAAACAAACAAAACAAGUAUGAGCAUUAACUUUGAAGAUGAUGAUGAUGAACCUCAUAUAAUUGUAACAAAAAGUACAAAUGCUUCUAAAGUUAGUAGCCAAAAUUAUAAACCAGUAACUACAGUUUUUCAUCAGCCAAAAGAAUUAAAUGAAUUAAUUAAAAGUGGUCUAAGACAUAGCCCACCAUAUUUAUCAUUUAUGAAGCGUGAACUCCAUGAAAUUAUUCCAAAUUUACCAAGUUAUUACGUAACACCAAUCAAGUAUUCACCACGAGUAAAAAAUACAUGGGCUGGUGAAUCAUGGGCAAUUACAGCAUCUGAAGUUUUAUCAAAUCGUUUUUCAAUUAAAUUAAAUAAACCAAUUGCUAUCAGUUCUCAACAAAUUAUUUCUUGCUCCAAAUCAAAAGAGCUAGAAGAUGUUUGGACCUUCAUCCAACAAAACAAUAUGGUCAAUGAAAGUUGUUAUCCAUUGACUGGUGACAACAACAAAUGCCAAAUUAAUUUCAAUGAAGAUAAUGAUGUUCAAUGCCAAAAUUCAGAUGUUUACCAACCAACAACAUUGUACAAAGCUGGAGAAAUGUAUCGUGUGACAAAUGCAAGUGAUAUAAUGAACAAUGAAGCUAAUAUUAUGACAGAAAUUUUAAAACAUGGAUCUGUUCAAGCAACAAUGCAAGUUUAUUCAGAUUUUAUAAAUUAUAAAUAUGGAAUUUAUAAGCCAUCACCAGGUGCUGAAUUUCUUGGAUAUACUUCAGUAAGAAUCAACGGCUGGAGAGAAGAAUCAAACGGAAAAUUCUGGGUAAAUAAUUUUAAAAUAAAUCUCCAAGUUUUUCAGUCAAUAAUUUUAUGUUUAAUUAAUUUUAGAUUGCUGCUAAUUCUUGGGGCACCAGCUGGGGAGAAAAUGGAUAUUUUAAAAUUGCCAAAGGAAUUAAUGCAUGUGCCAUUGAAUAUUACGUUGUUGGUGUUAAAGUUUAAUGUAAAUUUCAUUUAUAAAUAA